UGGGUUAUCUCAACACUAUUUUGGAUACUCUGGCAUGUUUCCUACAGGGACUCAUGAUUCUCUCACCAUUGAAGAUGUGGAAGAAGUUAUUUGGCACCAGGCUAUGGAUCCUUCUGUUUCCCUUGUUGCUACCCCGAUGGCACCAACACAUCCUGCUCCUUACAUCAGAAUUGUGGAGCAGCCUGCUUCUCGGGCACUGAGGUUUAGGUAUGAAUGUGAAGGUCGGUCCGCAGGAAGCAUUCCUGGAGUAAACAGCACUGCAGACUGCAAAACCUAUCCUACAAUACAGGUUGUGAACUAUAGAGGUUCAGCAGUGGUUGUUGUUUCAUGUGUGACCAAAGAGGGUCCACCAUAUAGACCCCAUCCUCACAACUUGGUUGGACGAGAAGGCUGCAAGAAGGGCAUCUGUACUAUGGUUAUUAAUAAUCAUGAUAUGACCUGUAGCUUUCCAAGCCUCGGUAUUCAGUGCGUGAAACGGAAAGAUAUUGAAGAAUUCUUGAGGCACCGAGAAAAGAUAAAAGUGGAUCCAUAUCGAACUGGAUUUGAUCACAAGCUACAGGCAAGUAACAUAGACCUCAAUGUUGUAAGGCUAUGUUUUCAAGUUUUUAUCGAAGACCCACAAACGGGAAAAUAUACCGUUCCUCUUCCCCCGGUGGUUAGUGACCCUAUCUAUGACAAAAAGGCCAUGAGUGAACUUACAAUAAACAAACUGAGCCACUAUUCUGCCCCUGUGUCCGGAGGGACUGAGAUCAUUCUUCUGUGUGAUAAAGUUACUAAAGAUGACAUUAAAGUAAGGUUUUAUGAAGAAAGAGCAGGACAGGUGGUUUGGGAAGCUUUUGGGGAGUUUCAUCCAAAUGAAGUACAUAAACAAGUAGCAAUUUCAUUCCGCACACCUAGAUAUCAAGAUGAAAAUGUUCAGCAGCCUGUGCCUAUCUUUGUUCAACUGUAUAGACCAUCCGACAGUAGUAGUAGUGAUCCUCGACCUUUCCAGUUGCUACCAAUGGACAGAGAUCCUGAGGGUCUGAGCAGAAAACGACAAAAGAUACAAGAUGGUUGUUUAGACAGGUUUCUGAAUGAAAAUGUAUUUGUUGGCACAAUCCCAGGUGCAGAAGGUCCACUGACAAGUCAUACCAUUCCAAGAACCAUCAAGCAGGCAACAAGGACUGUCUUAAAACCAGAGUCUGCACCAGAAAGAAAACAUAUUCAACUACCAGGACCAUUCCUUCAACCACGGCGGCUGUCUCAGCACUCUACCUUCACUCCAGAUCUCCAGGCUGAUGCUACCAGUGGAAGCCUUAUUACAAUGGGAAUUGCUUCUCCACUAAACACUUGCAUAAGCUCAACCAACUCUUCUGUCAUUGAGCAUCAAGAUACAGUUAGUGUGUGUUCCCCUUAUCAUCCAAACACUUCUCAAGGUACAUCAUGUACAGAGGACAUUUUGGCAAUUGCUCCCAAGCUGGUUGAUUCUGUUCCCAAGUGUGAGCCAUCUGGUGCUAUGGAAAUACCUCAAAAUUCAGAAAUGUUUUUGGAGGAAGCUACUGAAAAACUGGACAGCUUAGAUCUUGGGAUACGUCAAAGUGACAUACAAAACAUUCUUGAUAUCAUUGGAACAGAAACUUUACCUCAUAAUCUUUCCCAGAGCCUGUUUGAUAGUGGGAACAACUUGUCUCUGACAAACCUGCCAGAAACCACCAAUGCAGAGGAUAUGAACACCUCAACAGACAGUUUUUCUCACUUGCAAAAUGAACUGGAAAUGCUGAAUGUUCUGUGCAAGUCCAGGCCAAAUGAAUCAACUUAACUUUACCAUAAGGAAUGUCAUGUUUUUGUUCCGGUGUUUGUGUUCAGUGCCCAAGAGCUAAUCUUUUCACAGCUGUGAUGUAAUUAAACUAUCCACAAAAAGAGGGAAAAAUAUACCAAUCUCAGUUGAUGCACACAUUUCCCCUCCUAUUUGAAUAUAGGUAAACAGAACUCAGGUAGUGUACCUGGAAUGUCCUUUUGUUAUUGUAGUUUGAGUUUGUAUGUUCAUCAUAAUACUGGAAUGUUAUGUACAGUCUACAGAUGGUUUAUGAAUAGAGAAAAAUAUAUAUAUGUAGAAAUGAAAUAUGACUGGAUACUUAAUUGUCUUUAAAAAGUUUUAAUUCAUUCCAUAUAAACUUCAAAUGUGCCUGAUUGUUGUGUAAUGUAAAGUGUUUAUAGAGUAAAAUAAGCUAUAGUUUAUGAUGUUUUCAUAAUUAUUUGUUUGUAAGUCAGGCAUUUUAUCUCCUUUAAAAGGACAUUAUCCUUGUAUAAUUAUAUCAUUUCCAUUAUAGACAGGCAGUGAGAUAUAUUUUAAAAAAAACAUUUCAUAACAUUGCCAUGUUCUGUUGAUACAAAAGACUUACUUAGAUGACAGCUGUUUAAAUGUGAUGUUAAGUAUAUCAUGGUAUGUAAUUUUUGUUUGCAUAUAAUUUUAAAGCAAGGAUUCAAAAUUUUGUUUAAUAUUUGUUUUUAUAGUGGAUUUUUUUAAUGCAUAAAUGUAAAUAUAUUUUCCUAACUAGCUUUUUGUAUGCUUGUGAAUGAAAAUUGUUUGUUUACAUUAAAAACUGCUGUUACUUUUAAGCCUUUUUGGAUGAAAUCAAAAGCAACAGUCUGAGGUAACAAUAUAUUGAAGAAGAAAAUAUUUUAAUGUCUGUUAGAAUUUAAUAUUGGUCACCUUGGAACUGAUGGGAACCUAAUGUUAAAUCUGUUGUCAUACCAGAAGAAUAUUGAACAGAAAUUUGUAUGUAUAUAGUAAUAAUAAAUUAGGAAUAUUUGGCCUAGUGUUUUAGGUUGAAGUCAAAUUUCCAGCAUAGUAAAUGUAAGUUUUAAAACACAAGUCAGUGUUCUUUGUGUGUGUGUGUGUGUUCUCUUGCACUUCUAAUUGUUGGUGAAACAGUUUUUGUGUAAAGUUUCUAUUCAAUGCAAAGUGUAGACUCAAAAGUGAUACUGUUUUCAGGAAGGGCAUCCAAAUUGUUUCUAUGUUUAUUUUUGUUAUUUCAUCUUCCUAAAUUGAGGUUACCACUUGAAAUAACCUUUCUGCUGAUAGUCCAUCACUUAAGGUCUGUAAGUCUGUUAAACACACAUGAAUUAUUAAUUUGAUUGAUCUACUUUGUUUUUAUUUGACAUUUUUGUUCCUGUUGUCAUUACUUGCAGAAUUUUUAAGCACCGACCAGUAGAGACUCGGAUCCCAGUUUUAUUAAUGAUUUUAUUAAUAUGAACUACAUAGUUAUAGAAAACAAGGUAACAAUAAUAAAUACCUCUUGCCACCGAAUUGCAAAUCUUGGUUAAUGUAAUUAACGUUUUCUUCGCUAACCUUUAUUAAUGGCAGGAAAAUGUAAUGAUACUUUACAAUCCCAUUGCUAAUUAGAUAUCAUUUUCCACUGCCCAUAUCAAGUAGAUUAUAUGUGAAGUUUAACUUGGAAGUCUGGUAUGUUGAUAUACUAAUAAUUGUGAAGGCAUUUAAGUUAGUGCUCUCCUUAUUGAAGCAUUGUAAUAGCAUGCUGCCCUCAGAAUAGUGACUUGGUUAAUUUCUUUGAGUUCAAAUAAAAACAUGCAGGAAAAGGACAAGAUUUAAACCUCAGAUUUAUUCAAAGGUAGUGUUCUCAAAUAAACCAGCUCAAUAUAUUUUCAAGUCAUAUAAAAAUAAUAAUAAUAAAAUAUGGAUUCCCUUUUUUAAGCCAACAGAUUAUUUUCUAUUGUAUAUGUCAUCUAUAAAUAGACAUUUGGCAAAUAAGAAAAACCACUAUGACUAAUGGUGAAACUUGAAUGUCCAGCAGUAAUAACAAUAAUUAGCAAUUCUUAGCUAGUAAUCAUUGUGUGGUUUAAAAACUUGUAAAAAUUGCCAGUAUUUGUAGAUAUGUGAAGUACCAUUACCAGCAAUGGUACCCAACUGAUGAAACAAUGCAUUCUAUCUAAUCUAAGUAGGAAAAGUAUACUUAACUAGCUAUACUCAUUACCAGGUUAAUUUUUAGUUUCACUUUAAGUAGGAAGCCUCCUCUGAGCAAAAUUUAAUAUUAAAAUAAAGAAUAAAGCCACUGACAUAUGUACAGUACAUAAAAAACAAAGGAACGAAAAAGUAGAUGAAUUUUACAGAUUAUAGACCAUUUUUUAAAGAAAAUAUGGGACAAAUUUUUUUCAUUUAAAGAAAUGUUUUAAAAAAUGUCACCCACUACACCAUGUUAUUCUGUAGAAACUAGUACUAAAAGGUUUUUCAACCUCACAAAAUGUUUAUGUACUUACCAGUAAUAAGUCUUUUCAAAGUGAUUAUUUGAAAGUAAAACUUAUUAGACCACUGAUCUUGUGAUUUGGGGCGGAUGAAAAGAACCCACACACAGAGAAAAAGAAUAGCAUUGCAUACGUAUAGAGUAGUAAGCCGUGCUAUCAGUGUCACCUUUCCAACACCACUGUUCAUAAGUAAUCGACUCAUUUUUUGAAAAACGUAGCUUAGAGAUAAAACAAAAUGCAAACGUAAUAACGGGAAACAUUUAUUAAGCAAUUCUGAAACAUUUAAUAAAUGCUUCAUGUUAUUACAUUUUGCUGCUGUUAUGCUUGUGUCCAGUUGGACCACUCAAUCACUGAAGUUUUGUCCAGUGUUGAAGCGUGUCUUAGUUCACUAAAUCCAACCUGAAAAAAAUCAUUAUAUGGCAAAAACAAUAAAAUUAAGGGUAAAUAAUUUAUACCACCAGUGAAACUGGAGUCUACCUAAAUUUUCUACACAAAACAUAAUUGUAAUAGCAGCUAAUCAUAUCACUUCCAAUGCAAGAUAGUUGCUACAGGAGACUGAAUGAAGGACAAGUUAUUGUGUGAAAAAUAUGGUGCUAACAUUGCUUAAAUGAAAGUGAGAGAAAACAAUCAAAAUAAUGUUUUUUUUUUUAUUGUCCAGUUGAACUUUAAAGUUUUAAAGAAAAAAUUACAUUUUUAAUAUAGUUUUUGGAUAUUUUCUAUCCUUUGUAUUUUGUGAUUCAUAUCUGAUAAGUUUUAGUAGUGGUACUAUUUUUUUAUUGUAAACAGAGCUUCAGUGUUUUAGUUGGUUUUGCAGUUGAAAUAGUUUUUGGAUUUCAUGUAAUUACAAGAAUCUUCAGUGAAUGAGGUCUAUAAAAUGACCAAUUAGAAGAAUAGUUUUUGAAAAUUGCAUAUGUUUAUACAAAGAUUGCAACUUUAAAAAUAUAUAUAUAUACCCUUUUUUCUUCUUCUUCUUUUCUGUUUGUUACAUAAGGAUUCUUGUUAAUAUACAACAGGCAUUUUGCUUUUUUUUCUUCUAUUAUUAUAUUGGUAUUGUUAGUACUAUUUCACUUUUUUUCUUUAUAAAUGGUUGUUUUUGGUGCAAAAGUUAAAUCUUUUUUUGUUAGAUUUUCACUUCUGUAAGCUGUAAUUCUUUUUAUUAGUGUUCUUUAUCAAAUAAUGUCUAUUAGUUUAUUAUAAUAUUUCAACGUCCUGUAUUCCUAUAGCCAUGGAACAAAUAAAACUAACUAUUAGAUCCAAAAAUUACUUUCUAGUGAAGUGGUAUGUAAUAGUGGUAUGUAAUUUUCUUUCUUCUGAACUUAAAUAAAAAAAAAAAGUUCUAUCUUAGACAGUAAGCCGUCAAAAUUCUAAAGGCAAAAAAACAACAACAAACAAACAUGGUUUAUCAGUAGUCCUUUCUCUAUAUUAGUAGCAACCGUGUAGGAAAAGGUGUACAAUAUUGACCAAUUUAAUCAUUGAUUCAACUACCAUUAGGAUUGACUGACUGUGCUAAGCAUUAUCUAUGGGUCAACAUUCUUAAAUGGGCAGUCAUUUGUGUUUAGUAUGGUUUAGAUCAAGUUUUAUAGAUAUAAAACUAAUCAACAGCUAUAGUUAAAUACCUGAAAUUUGCAGUGAUAGCCAUAGCAAGAUCUACAUUGUUCCCACCUACAAAUGUUAAGUUAGAUAACUCCAGACUAAAAGUUAAACCAACUCACUGCUCUUGUUGUGACUACAUUGUUCCCACCUACAUAUGUUUAGUUAGAUAACUCCAGACUAAAACCUAAACCAACUCGCUGCUCUUGUUGUGACUACAUUGUUCCCACCUACAUAUGUUUAGUUAGAUAACUCCAGACUAAAACCUAAACCAACUCACUGCUCUUGUUGUGACUACAUUGUUCCCACCUACAUAUGUUUAGUUAGAUAACUCCAGACUAAAACCUAAACC